AAUCGGGUUCGUUGGUUAGUGUGCGUGCAACUUGAACGCAUACACAAAGGCAACACUGACACACAUUUGGCACAUCCUUGUUACACAUAUACGAAUACACAAUUUUUUCGUAUGGCCACCAAUACACGCACAGUGCGCAUUGCAAAAUUUCGAUUGAUUGACUUGGGAAUAAAGAAAUAUUCAAGCCAAGUGUACCACACGGACAACAAAUAAAGAAAACGACGAAACAUUUUCGGGAAUUGAGUGAAACAAAAAAAAUCAUAAUCUAUAAACGAAAAAGCAAUUAUUUGGUGUUUUGCAUUCCGAUCAAUAUCCCUUUAUCCGUUGGCCUAGAUUCCCCGCGAUUGAAACACUCUCGAAAAGUCAGGAAAAAGAAAAACAAACCAGUGAAAAUAAUAGUAAACAAUCAAAAAUUUGUAUAUCUGAACGUCGACGAACAAAACACACAGACAUACACAGAGUACAGAGACAAAGAGAGUGAGAGUGAGUUAUUCUGCAGAGGGAACAAAAACAAAGGAAACCAUGUCAGAUUUAAUAGAUCGCGCGAAUGGACAAUCGACGGCCAAAUCCAGCAGAGUUUCCGGCGUUGUCAAAUUCUAUAGUGUUCAAAAAUGCUACGGUUUCAUAAAGCGUGAUGACACAAAGGAGUAUGUGUUUGUCCACAGCAAAUCAGUGACUGGGAAGAAUGAACGGCGUGUCACUCGGUCGUUAGCCAAAGGAGAGCAUGUUGAAUUCGAUGUGGUUAUGAGCGACAGGUCACCGGAAGCAAUCAAUGUAACUGGUUUGAAUGACGGACCAGUUCUUGGAAGCGAAUAUGCACUGAUUACGAUGCAAUGGCAUCAAUAUGAGGCAUACAAGCAACAGCUGGUGCGGAACAAUGGGAAUCCGCGAGAACGGAGCCCUCGUGCCCGUCGUUUCUUUCAUCGGCGACAGCCCAGAGACUUUGACCAUAGCAACGGCCGACAUGGUGGCGGCGGUGGUGGCAUAAGGAACGAUCGUGGCGGUCGUCGUCGUCGAAGACCAGCUGAAAAUGUAUCAAAGGAAUCGAACCAAGAGCAAAAUAUCGAAAAUUCGGACAGCAAACAAAAGACACGUCGUCGCAACUACAAUCGCAACCGUAAAUCAAAGAACAACAACUCCGCAGAUCAAAAUAAGGACGACGCAACAGCGGAUCAAUCACUUCAAUUGACCGAAUCCAAUUUGACGACCUUGUUGUCCGAACUGAAUAUGGGCGAUAAAUUAUUAAACACUGCCAACAGUACUUCAUCGGAGUCGCUGGACUUUGAAAAAAUCAAUACGGAGGACACCAAUAUGUGCAGCGUCGCACUAACAACCGCCUCCAGCCGGCUUGCGGCUUCGUUCAACAAAGGAAAUUAAUUUUCCAACUUUUACUUUUAUUCCGUUUCUCAUUUUGAUUUUAGCUCAUUCUAGUUUGUUUGCUUUUUUCGUUUCGAUUUUAAGUGCAGCCCAUCUCCAUCAAAUUUACAACUAAUAUUCUAAAUACUAAUUUCCGAAUCGCUCAACAUCAAUUAUUGAUAUGUUAUCACCAUUUGGUUUUUUUUCUUUUUCUGUUUGUUUUCUGCAUGUUCUACAAACAUUUUUGUAUUGUAUACACACAAAAAUGAUGCGUUAUAAAAAAACCUAUUAAAUAGGUUUCCGUUUUUAGCCAAUGAUUUAAUCAUACAACACUAAUGAACACUAUUACCAAGUUAAAAUUACCUAGCGCCAAUUCGCUCGUUACAUUUGUUUUUUUUUUUUUUAGUUUUCAUCCAUUUUCAUCUUCAUUUGUGUCAUGGAACUAACUAUACAAUUUUUUAGAUUUAAACAAAGAAAACAUUCGACGAAUAAAAUUGCGAUAAUUUUUUUUUCUCUUCAUUUUCGAUUUAAUAUUUUUCUAGGCUAUACAAAAAGAAAAGAAGAAAAGAAUACAUCCGAAAAAAAGACAUUUAUUUCUAGUCGCAAAACAAAAACAAAAAACCGUUUAUUAUUAUUGAAGAGAAAAAUGAAAUAUUAAAUUGUAAGAUACAGACAGAUUAAACACAUUUUGCUGAAAUAAAUACGUUUCACUUGAACAAAGCUGUUUUUUUUUACUUACCGUUCAUUCGGAUGUUGAAAUGA